AUGAGGAAGCUUGAGACCAACACAUUCAAUGAUGGUCCGGAGACGAGUCAAACUGAAAAGGAGCUCCGCAUUGUCCUGGUUGGAAAGACUGGAACUGGAAAAAGUGCAACCGGAAACACGAUCCUGGGAGAAAAUGUCUUCGAAUCAAAUUGCUUGGCUUCCUCUGUUUCCAAAAAAAGUGCAAAAAAUUUCAAAGUUAUUAAUGGAAGAAAAAUUUCAAUUAUUGACACUCCUGGUCUUUUUGACACAAGCAUGCCUGUAGAACAGGUAGAAAAAGAAGUUAAGUUGUGUAUAUCCCUCUCUGCUCCAGGUCCACAUGCCUUUCUAGUUGUUAUCAAAAUAGAAAGAUUUACAGAAGAGAAUAAUAGAACUAUAGAAUUAAUUGAGCGAAUAUUUGGCGAGGAUGCUAUAUAUUAUUCUAUGAUACUGUUCACACAUGGAAAUCAACUUAAAGGGCAGGACAUAACAACAUUUAUCCGCAGUGACCCAAAACUACGAAAAUUUGUCAAUAGAUGUGGGGGUCGCUAUUCCGUAAUUGACAAUGAAAAAAAGGAUUCAGUACAGGUUAUGAAUCUGCUAGACAGCAUAGAUUUAAUGGUACAAAAUAAUGGUAGAGAGUUCUACACAAAUGAGCAUCUUCAAGAAGCAGAGAGAGCAAUCCAAGAAAAGCAACAGCAAAUCAUGAAAGAGAAUGAAGCACAAAGGCAGAAGGAAAUUCAGGAGCUAGCGCUUAAAUACAAAGAUGAAGAACUAGAAAAAAUGACAAAGAAACUAAAAGAACAACACGAGGAACUGGCAAGAAUUAAGGCUGAGAAUGAUAAUUUUUUUCUUUUCAAGCCAAUAAAAAUGCUAGUCGAUGCCAUAAAAUAUUUAAUUUCAUAAUAUGCUUAACUAGACUACAUAUCCAGCAGUUACCAUAUAACACAUGAAUUAAGAUUCUACUGAAAAAUUUCAUACACAAGUGUCUGGUACAGAGAGGACACUAGAACAGUAUAGGGCCCUAGGGAGGCUUAAAUAUUUCCCCUAACACAGCAAAAAAAAGUUUUGAGUAUGUCUAAAUUUUUUGGCUUUCUUGAUUUUUUUAAAUUAUUUUCUUACUUUUUGACUUGAUUGAUAUUGUAUGUAGAGAGAAAUACUGUAUGUUGUUUACAUUUUGUUUGUUUAUUUAUUCUUAACACCAUUCCAGCAUCUAUAUUCAUGGUGAGAGCUGGUUAAUACAUACACAAGUUGAUCCACACAUGUUAAUCCAUACACACGUUGGGAAAGGGGCUUCUUUCUUACAAUCUGUUUAAAAAUUGCUAAAGAGUCUAUACUGUUUAGACACUCCUUUGUUUUUUACUAAAUAAUCUAAUGAAUAAGCUCUGAAUCAGGUUUGUUCACAUCCUUUUAUUUAAAAGCUUAAGUAGC